AAGGAGUGGCUUUUCGAUCUGUCAAGUUAAAUGAUUUCUCGUGACAAUUAAUGACUCGUUGCAUCAAUUAAGUUAUUCUUGUGUGUUUAGCACUUUUAACUCAUUGCGUAAUAGUUCUAUAAUAUAAAAAAUGUCGUCUUCGGGUGAUUUUGGAAACCCGUUGCGUAAAUUUAAGCUUGUCUUUCUCGGUGAACAGAGCGUUGGAAAAACUUCUCUUAUCACACGGUUUAUGUAUGACAGCUUUGACAACACGUAUCAGGCUACAAUAGGUAUAGAUUUUUUAAGCAAAACUAUGUAUCUGGAGGAUAGAACUGUAAGAUUACAAUUAUGGGAUACUGCAGGUCAAGAACGGUUUAGAUCUUUGAUACCUAGUUAUAUCAGAGAUUCUACUGUUGCAGUUGUGGUAUAUGAUAUUACUAAUGCAAAUUCAUUUCAUCAAACAUCAAAAUGGAUUGAUGAUGUACGGACUGAAAGAGGAAGUGAUGUAAUUAUUAUGUUAGUGGGUAAUAAAACAGAUUUGGGUGAUAAAAGACAAGUAUCAAUGGAAGAAGGUGAAAGAAAAGCUAAAGAAUUAAAUGUAAUGUUUAUUGAAACUAGUGCUAAAGCUGGAUAUAAUGUAAAACAACUCUUUAGAAGAGUAGCAGCAGCUUUACCAGGCAUGGAUUCCACUGAAAAUAAACCACCUGAAGACAUGCAAGAAGUAGUUCUGAAGGACACACCAAUUGAACUGAAAUCAUCGGAGAGCAGUUGUGCAUGUUAAACCACCGAUCAGCCUAAUGCUGUCGAUUUGCAGAAUCAAUCACCGAUGCAGAACGGCUCCGAGUCCGAGGGGGAGAGUGGCUGCAUUUGCUAGGGAGGUGGUUUAUCAGUGUGCAGCUAAAUAAUGCUAACUCCUUGAGACAUUCUGAUAUGAACCAAAAAAUCAUCACGUACUAUUAACAAGAUGCUGGCUUCUUCUGAUGUCUACAUCGUGGCCCAUAAGUUAACGCGCGACGAAGGCACAAAAAACGUUUCAUUGACACCGUUCUUACUAUCGACUACUUCUGCCCCAAUCAAUCUCAUUUAAGUCGUUUAACCGUAGCGUGAUUAACCGAUCGUUUUGCUAUGAUUCAUGUUAAAAACAGCUUUGUGCGGUUAUAGUGCGCGUUGUUACGUUGUUGUAAUCCGUCAUUUAUUCGACCAGAAUCUAGCGAUCUUUACAUUUACAUUUUACAGUAUGAAUCGGGAAUUGACGUCGUUCAAAAAAAAAAAAAAAAAAAAAAGAAAAAAAAAGUGGAAAAAAACAAGAAAUACACUAUCGACCGAAUUACAUCGAUGUAAUGGCUACGUCACGAUGAUAGGGUAGCUGUUCCACGCUCGUUAAAAUAUCUUUGAACGUGUCGUUAAGCAAUACGCAAAAGCUUUUUUGUGAAAUUGUACAUAUCACGAAUCUUAAUGUUGAGAAAGAAGUUGAAGAAGUCGAAGUGUAUACAUCGACUUUUUUUUUUUUCUCUCUUUUUUUUUUUUUACUUUUGCCAUGAUAUUUCUUCGAAUCUCAACUUUUCGCGACUUUCGAACGGAAGUUGAAGUACCAAUUUUUUACGAAUAGCGUCGUUUCUUUGCUUAUCCUAUCAUCGUUUCCUGUGAUCGCUGUUUUUCGAGGUGAAAAUCUUUAUUCAACACGCACAAGAUACCGACAAGCUUAGACAAGAGUGUUCUAGACACAAAAGAUAUUCUAGACCUUAACGAAAACGACUGAAAGUAAAAACGUUUUAAUAGCCCAUCAGUUAGUCGAGGAAAUCGAACGAUCGAGCGGUCUAUUCCUGGGGAUAUAUCUGUUACGAAAAAAAUUAUUACUUACACGUAGAAUAUGUUAUUGGCGAGUCUGUUCGAUGGCGUAUUGUUCAAGGUUUAUAAUAUUGUAAUCGUAAUAACAAUCUUUAUAGACGUUUUUCAAUAUCUCUUGAUAAAUAAACAAGCGACUCGAUACGCGAUCCGUUCAUAAAUUGAGGAAGAAGACGCACUAAUAUGAUGAGAAUAAUUUAGGGGAAAAAGGAUGAAAAGUGCUCAAUCGUUCACUCGCCAUUUUAUACGAUUAUUUCCUAUUCAACCAUGGAAUCAUCGUCGUGGUUGUUUAAACGUAGUAAACGCUUAAUAUUUACAAAAUUGUCUUUUACAAAAUCAUUGACACGAUUGAUAUGAUUACUCGCCAACAUGCAAUCUUUCCAACGAGCAAUCACGCCCCAAUACGAAACUUGUUGAUUGUUUUAGCAAAUAUAUCGUUUAAUUCUAAAUAAAGGAAGGAAAGAAGGAUAUUAUACAAUUAGAAAAGAUAAAUGGAAGUUGCGUCUUCUUUCUAACGAAACAUACACGCAAAAAAAAAAAAAAAAAAAAAAAAACAUAUAUUCACGAAUACGGAGGAAUCGGAAUAUAAGAAAAAAAAUGUUCGGAUCAAUUCAUGAACCUGUCUCGUUCGUCGCGACAUGUAACGAGCGUCGAGCAACGAAACAUAUUGCUCGUGUUUCAUCGAGGAGACUGAAUCUGCUUCUAAACUCGCCGCCGUUUAAUCAGAAUCAGAAUAAGACGAAAUAUAUACCGGAGAAAGUUGGAAAUAGCGUAUCGUGCCAGACAUAGAGUGGAGCGCUUUGACGAGAAAAAUGUAGCGGCAACUCCUCUGAUAAGGGAGGUUUAGUUCUUCUGAAAAUUCGUGGGGAUGAAUUCGUGUCCCGUCAGCGAUAAUAACGAGCGUGCCAUGAGGGGAGUGGGCCAAUUUUACACAUCCGCUAAUUAGAAUUUAGAAAAGAGACGAAAGGAAGAAAAAGAAAAAGAUAGAUAGACUCAUCCGCAUCCGGGGAAAGCGGAAGGAUGAGAAAGCUCCGCUUGCCACGAGGCAAAUAAAUAAAAUCACGGGGCGAGCGCAGCUUUCCCUGGCGUCGUCGUUAUACAUUGAUGUGAUAAGGCUUCUAUCUCGAGGAUACGUUUGAAAAGAGAGAACGAGACGAUGGAAGAGAUAUGUUGAGCGAUAUGUUGUAAUUCAUUAAUCCGCCGUGCUUAACGCGAGCCUCUACGUGCACUCUAGCACUCCGUUUCUUCUGAACGUAAAAAAAAAAGAAAAAAAAAAAAAAAAACUGUCUCUCUAGCGCAGCCCCUUACGUGUAAUUAACGUGUAGCGUUGAUUCGCACCGUGUCGUGUAAUCGCAUCGUGCGAAAAUCGGGAAGUAUUCUGAUACGAAUCCAAGAAGAAACCAUUGUAUUAGAGAGACCAAAGACACACCUCGUUGCGUUCUUAUUACUUUCCUUACGUUCGUGAGAACAAAUGCUCUGUCUAUCUCGCUUGAUGGGAAAUCUCGAUCUCGGUGAGAAAUCGGUGAUAAAAAAAAAAAAAAAGAAAGAAAGAAAAGAAAAAAAAGAUAAUGCUGGACGGAUUCGUACCAUUGGACAUCUCGAGUGCACGCGAAGCGUAUAUUUUUCUUUCGUUCGGACUCGCGUUCCGCGGAGAAGACACUCGGCUGCAGGCUCCUCGACCGGAAACGCGGUCGUAGCUCGAUUCGUAGAUUAGAUUCUUAGAACGUGUAACGUGUAUUGGAAGGGAGGAUAAAUUACGCUGUAUUCGUUUUAAUCUUUAUCGCCUAGCUCGCGAUGCUCGCGCCUAAAAAGAGAUCGAAAAGGGGAGGGGAGGGGCGGAGGAGGAGCGUCAUCGCUCGUCGGAGGCGCGGUGUAAUUUGAAAGGAAGCCCUCUCACGUGGCUGCAGCGCGUGUCUACUCCACGACGGCGAAGCGGACGAAUCUAGAGAUACGCCGAUCUAGUCGGAACGACGAUCAUCGGGAAAGAAAGUCGACGCGGCCGAUGAUCGUUCAGUGAUCCGCGGUGCUUGUUCUUUUCGGGGCACAGGUGAGAUUGGUAUCCUUUCGGUUGCGGUUCCACCCUUUCGCCACGCAAGAGUAUUUCUUCGCUCCAACCAAAAAUUUAGCGUCGUCGAUUUGGGAUUAUCUGUGAUUGACAAUGUGGAUUUAAUACGCGAAAUAUACGUGUUCUCGUAUAUAGGAGAUAUAUAAAUUCUUUGGUUAAACGUUUCAUUCGAGGUUCUUAAGACGUGACGUUUUUCACGAAGAAGAUGAAGAUGUAAUGUAGAUGAGGAAAAUGUUCAAAUUCGAUUUUAUUGACUUCUUAACGAAGUAUAGAGAAAGAUAGGAAAUACUCGGUUUCUAAGGUGAUUGCUCCUCGUUGCGAAAGGGUCGAUUGGAGAUUUGAUAAUCUAGUAGCGAAAAAUGAUUUGUAGCGUCUCGGAGGAUUCUUGUGAAUGUAAUUUGCAAGGCAGCCGCGUUCUGUGGUAAUGUUAUUGUAGCCGAUGUUUCUUAGUUAAAUAGAAGUAUUCGCUGUAUCGUCUUUUUGCAAUUAAAUUGUCAAACUUAACGUAGCAGUAGGGUGCGAUAUUAAUUGUAAAGUUAACCCUUCCAGUCUUCGAUGUUGUCGGGAUUAUUUUCAACGAAUUUCUUCUCUCGAUGUAAUGGAUACACGUGCAAAUCGAUUUCUUUCCAAUCUUCGACGUGAAACAAACAAAAAAAAAAAAAAAAAAAAAAACGAAACGAAACGAAAAUUGCCAUUUUCUCGUACAUUCAAUUCGAUUUUGUAUUUCCGAUAAUGAUAAUUUGAUAUUUUUAUUCUUCAUCAUAUUUCGUUGUACUUUCUCGAUUCCGCUUGGACUCGAAACGAAUGAUAAAAACCGAGGCUCGAAGGGUUAAACGUCUCAAGGCUUUAAGUUUCUCCGAAUAUAUUUAAUAUAAAAUAGAAACUAAUGUACGCUUUUGUUUAACGUGAUAAAACGAGAUCUUGCAAAAAUAUAAUUGAAAAUAAAUACUAUUAGAGAUCCUUGA